AUGUCAGCCGAUCCGCCCCGCAGGCGGAGAUCGUCUAUCUCGACCCAUUUCCAGCGCGUCUUUCACGUUGAUUCAGCAGAGAAGAAGCGCCAAAGUCGCGGUCAAGACAGUUCGCAAGACCCAUCUCGUUUAUCGUGGACGCCAAGUGAUGGCCAUGAUCCAAAGCUGGAGGCAACUGCGGCCCAUUCAGGACCUGAGGAGACAGGAGUCAGUUCGUUUAAUUUUUCCUCCAACUCUCACAUUCCCUCACUCGACACUCCAGAAUCCAGCCCCUCUGUUCUACAAGUCGUCCCCAGUGAUGAGAAGUCGAUAUCGCAACCAAUGGCAAAGGUCAAUAACCCAAACACGGACCGAAGCAAUAUAUGCUCGUCGCCAACAUGGGGUAAAGAGAAUUCUCGCAAGGAAAGACGAGCCACGAAGCGCCUAGAGGCUGAGAGAAAGGAGCUGGAGAAACGCCUGCUUCAUUUAGAAGAGUGCCAGUCCAGGGUCGACAAUGGCAUCUUCGAUCGAGCCUCGCGUCGCCUGUCCAAGAAACAUACACAGGGAAGCUCCUCCCGCUCUUCUAGCACUGGCAGCUCGCGACUGAGAUCAUCCAGUAUCACUGCGUUUUUCACGGGCUCUCGUCGAGCGUCACGGGCGAACUCAAUAAAUGAAGAUGAUGCUUCGACUCAACCAGCAGGGCCACCUGGUCCACCAUCCGUCCCACUGGCGCUUUCUGAACGUUUUGGGGCUAAUGUUUCUCGAGAAUUGGCGGAUCGUCAUGGAACUACCUUGAUGCCUACUAGUCUAACUCAACCCCCGUCCAGUCAAUCGCAGCUGUCGCAUACACCUCAUCAACUACCACGCUCACUUCAUACAACACCCAAGUCUGAUGAUCUUCGAGAAAACUGGAAGACAGCACAGGAGUGGAAGAAAAACAACGAUAACCAUGGCAUGAGCACUGAGCUCCUUGCUCGCAGGCUGGAAUCCCUGACGGGCGGUCGGUCUCAGCAGCACAAUGUAGAGCUGGUUGAUACCAACCCGAUGUCUGAUCUAAAGUCACUCAAGGCAAUGGAGUCUUUUGCUGAAGCUCCAAGCACUGGAACCACAAUAGACCGAUCCACGGGGUCCUCUACAAAAAGCCCUCCCAGUGCUUCUACCCGCAUCACGACCGCUCGUCAGUUUCGUGAACUCUCCGACUCAAUCCCAGAGACGCCAAACGGCUCACCUAGCUCGCACAGCAAAGGCAGCACCCGAUCAUCUUCCUCCAUAUUGGCCAGCAUGAAGAAUGGUUCUCCCAAGAGGACUUCAAAAGAAGCUUCGUCGCAGCCUCCAUCGAGACAGUACAUAUCUUCGCCUCUGGCCAUGCACCCAAACACUCCAGAGCAACCAAAUCGGUCACCGAACCGCAACUUCUCGUUGCCCUUGACGCAUGUUCAGGUUCCAGAGCCUUUAAGAAUAGUGAAGCCAUCUCCACCUGAGGAGUCUCAGGGACGUAAUCGCCAGUCAAUUCCAAGUUGGCUUAAGACAGCUCGAGAUGAGAAUCGGCGCGAGACUUGGGGUCCGCGGUCGGAAUCUUUUGAUUUACAAAAGUCGCCACUACCAACUCUCCCUCUCAAGAAUCCAGGUCGGCGAAGUCUUGAAGAGCAUGCUUCAAAGGGUGCAAACAAUGGCGCUCCUCCGGGUUUCUCUCCCUUGAAGCCUUCUGUACCGCCUAACUCGCAAGAGUCCCCUCUUGCCGAUGAUAAGGCAUCAAAGGAGCAGACCACCAUGGGCUUGAAUGAAGGUGGUCAUGAUAGAUCUCCGUCACCCCACUCAUCAGACGGGGCAUCGAGCUAUGAUACUGCAGAUGAAGAAGUACUCGAUGUUCCAAAGAAACGACCCAGCAAUGUACCUACUCGAGUCCGCGACCCAAGUCCAAAGAAACCAACCGAGUCUACACCAGAGAUUAUGGCCAGAAGCGGCUUGCCUAUGACCCCAACAAACUUCCGGGGUAACCCACCACUCGCCCCCAGCGGUCCAUUGAGCAUGUUACGCAAAAAGCCCAUGCAAAAAGUCAAGUCACCCCGUGCAGAAGAUGUGAUCGCCAAACUCUUCGUCAUCUGUUGCCAAUGCAAGUAUUGGCACGACAUGCCAUCCGAGAUGUACGCCAAGCUUGCCUGUCCCGAACGUCUUCCAUCUGAUUCCCGCUUGGUGAGGACCUUUUCUCGACGAAACUCAGUCCGGAAUGCGAUCUUCGCUUCGGACCCAAAUGAUCCUCGACGAAUGCCGCUCCCCAGACGAACCCAUCCUCAAAAUGAACCUCCUAAUACUCGUGGUCCGGCAGGUGAUGGUCGUGGAGCACCAGCGCCACAAUCUCCACCCCUUUACCGUCCUCAGUGCUGUUGGUGUGGACAUAAUAUGAGUAAGUCCUGUUGUCAGGGAUGGACUGCUCUUGUUCAUAUGCGAGAAAGGUAUCAUUGA